AUCCAAGAUUGGAAUAUGGAACCCUCAAUAUCAAUGGACAUGAGAGUAUGAUCCAUGUUACAAAACUGCACACUGAUCUCGAAAAUGAACCAAACAAAACAAAAAUGGCCACCAUAUCUCCCCUACCAACUCUCUCCGCCUCCAACAAACCAUCUGUUCAUGGUCGCACCACGUCGCCCUCACCUACACUUCAAUUUCUGAACCAGAACCAGAAGAAGCGGGGAUCUCUGACUGUGGUCUCCGCCGUGGGUGAUGUAUCCUCCGAAGGCACAACUUACCUGAUCGCCGGCGCAGCUGCCGUCGCACUGCUGGGAACAGCAUUCCCGAUACUUUUCUCACGCAAGGACACGUGUCCUGAGUGCGAUGGCGCAGGGUUCGUCAGGAAAUCGGGUGUGACGUUGAGGGCAAAUGCAGCCCGGAAAGACCAGACUCAGAUCGUUUGUGCUCGUUGCGAUGGUUUAGGCAAACUCAAUCAAGUUGAUAAGUAGGCUGCUUAUUGUGUUUUGCUUCUUUGAAUCUAUGGUUUUGAUUCUGGCAUAAAUGUUCUUUGUUAACUCACAGUCUAAUUGAUUAUAUAUAAAAUGUUUUCCAAG